AUGGCGACGACAAAGUACACCCUGGCCACCAGGCUUACUCUGGCCAAUGGCAAGACCAUCCCUCAGAUCCAGCUGGGUCUGUACUGCAUGUCCGGCAAGGAAGCCACCAAGACCAUUCCUUGGGCUCUGAACGCCGGCUACCGCGGAUUCGACUGUGCGCAGAUGUACCGCAAUGAGCGCGAGUCUGGCAAGGCGAUCAGCGACUACCUGUCCAGCAGCGAGAACGCCCAGGGCUUGAAGCGUGAGGAUGUUUUCUACACGACCAAGCUCGCUAGCUGCAGCACUUCUUAUGACGAGGUUCGCCGUUCCAUCACGGAGUCCGUGAAAGUUUCCGGUCUAGGCUACGUCGAUCUCUUCCUCCUCCACAGCCCGUACGGCGGCAAGGAGGCACGCUUGACCAGCUGGAAGGCCCUGGAGGAUGCCAUCACUGAGGGCGAGGUGAAGAUGGGAGGUGUCAGCAACUACGGUUCUGCCCACAUUGAGGAGCUCAUGGCCUCCAAGCCCCGCAUUGCCCCGGUCAUCAACCAGAUCGAGGUUCACCCCUUCAACACCCAGACCAAGAUCAGGGAAACUUGCGCCAAGCACAACAUCGCCAUUGAGGCGUACGCGCCCCUGGCCCGCGGAAUGCGCAUGAAGCACCCCAAGAUCUUGGAGCUGGCUCAGAAGUACGGCUGCAGCCCGGCUCAGCUGUUUGUGCGCUGGUCUCUCCAGCAUGAGAUGAUCACUCUUCCCAAGAGUGUCCGCCAAGAGCGACUUAUUGAGAACGCUAGUGUUGGAAACUUUGAGAUUUCCAAGGAAGACCUGGCCGAGAUGGACGGUCUUGAUGAGAGACUUGUGACUGAUUGGGAUCCCACUGAGGCCCCUUGA